CGCCUUGGCCAGUGUCCGCCUGAGCCGCGUCCGGGACGGGCGAGCGAGGAGAGGCAGCCGGCUGCCGAGGCCCCCGGAUCCCGCUGGGCUUGGAGAGAAGAAGGGGACCCCCCGCACCACCCCCACCACCCGGUCCCUCCUCCUCUUCCUCCUCCUCCUGCUCCUCCCCCUCCUCCCCUCGCCCACCCCCUCGAUGCGCUGCCUGCCCGUGCCUCCUCCUGAACUGCCAGCCUCCUCUCGCUGCAGCCCAAUGAAUAUUUCGCUGUAUGAAUAUUUCACCAUCUCGCAGGCGGCUCUGUAAAGCGAUCCGUAGAUUCUCCCCGAGAGGGAGCAGGAGGAGGAGGCGGCGGCGGCGGCGAGUGUGCGCCGCUGCGCCUUGGAUGCUGAUCCUGCUGCAACUGCAAGGCGAAGAAGCGCCUUGACGCAUUCCGGCCGGGGCUCGCUCGCUCCUCGCCUGCGCUGCUGCUGCUGCUGCUGCUGCUGCUGCAACGGCCCCCGCCGGCCUCCCCGCGGCAGUAUCUACCAGUUGCCUCGAAGUGAGCUUUAUUCCUUAAAAACGUAAAAUAAAAACAAAGAGGAAGGGGCCAUUCCAGAGCAAAGUGGGAAGUCCGCGGAUAUUGCUGAGUCGGCAUUUCAAGCAGUCUCCUUCCAGUCACCGGUCUUAUUUAUUUAUUUUAUUGAGGGGAAGUGUGUGACAGCAGCCGCAAUACAGCAGCAGCAGCAGCAGCAUGGUCACAUCCUGGAGAAAAACAAAAGGACUGCAUUAAAAGACAGAAGGAAACUGCUCCGAAGGGACCCCCGUCUCGCUGUGUUGCAUGUGUGUUAAGAGACCCCAGCCAGCCCUUUGUCCUUUGAUGAAGCUGGAGACUCUCUCUCCCUUUUUUCUUCCCACCCUCCCCAGUGACCAGCGCCCUAUAGGUCUUUUCCCCGCCUAGCCUGGAUGCCAUUCAACCUACCCCUGUUCCCUUAUCCUUGAGCUUCCCAUCCCUAAUCCCCAUUCUCCAUCCUGUUUUCCUGCACUGGGAGCUGUCCACACCAAGGGCCUCACCUCUCCUUAGCUCUUCUCCAUGCUGUGAUUCUACAUCUAUAUCCAGUAUCGGUCUCCUCUGAAGUCCUCAACUCUUCACUCUCCUUCAGCUCUGGCGGCUUCUGAUCCCAGAACUCUUCUCCUUCUGCAUCCCAUCACGUCUUCUAGUGAGUCUGUCCUUCCCACCCCGUAGCUGCCAUGACGGUGAUGGCCGGGGACAAUAUGGACGAGACCUCUGCUUUGCCAGGUCACCCCCAGGACAGUUAUCGACCUGGGGCCCACGAUGACCACGAAUGUUGUGAGAGGGUUGUGAUCAACAUUGCUGGCCUGAGAUUUGAGACGCAGUUGAAGACCCUUGCUCAGUUUCCCAACACUUUGCUGGGAAAUCCCAAGAAACGCAUGCGAUACUUUGACCCCCUGAGGAACGAAUAUUUCUUUGAUCGGAACCGGCCCAGCUUUGAUGCCAUCCUCUAUUACUACCAGUCUGGAGGGCGGCUUCGCAGGCCUGUUAACGUGCCUCUAGACAUGUUCUCGGAGGAGAUAAAGUUUUAUGAACUGGGAGAGGAGGCCAUGGAGAAGUUCCGGGAAGAUGAAGGUUUCAUCAAGGAGGAAGAGAGGCCGCUGCCUGAGAAGGAGUACCAGCGGCAAGUGUGGCUGCUCUUUGAAUACCCCGAGAGCUCUGGGCCAGCUCGGAUCAUUGCAAUAGUCUCCGUCAUGGUGAUCCUCAUCUCUAUAGUGAUCUUUUGCCUGGAAACUUUGCCAGCGUUGAAAGAGGACAGGGAGUAUAUGGGACCCCGAAACCACAGCGACAACUCAACAGUCUAUUACAAGUCCAAUAUCUUUACUGACCCCUUCUUCGUGGUGGAGACUCUGUGCAUCAUAUGGUUUUCUUUUGAAUUGGUGGUGCGCUUUUUUGCCUGUCCCAGCAAAGCCGAGUUCUUCAAGAACAUCAUGAACUUCAUUGACAUAGUAGCCAUCAUCCCCUACUUCAUCACUCUGGGUACAGAGAUGGCUGAGCAGGAGGGGCCUCAAAAGGGAGAGCAGGCCACUUCUCUGGCUAUCCUGAGAGUCAUCAGACUGGUAAGAGUCUUUAGAAUCUUCAAACUCUCCAGACAUUCUAAGGGCCUCCAGAUUUUGGGACAGACCCUCAAAGCGAGUAUGAGGGAGUUAGGGUUACUAAUCUUUUUCCUCUUCAUUGGGGUGAUUUUGUUCUCCAGUGCGGUGUAUUUUGCUGAAGCUGAGGAACCUGGCACCUAUUUCGACAGCAUCCCCGAUGCUUUCUGGUGGGCAGUGGUAUCCAUGACCACUGUAGGAUAUGGUGACAUGUACCCUGUGACAAUUGGAGGCAAAAUCGUGGGCUCCUUGUGUGCCAUUGCUGGUGUGCUGACAAUUGCCCUGCCUGUACCUGUCAUUGUGUCCAACUUCAACUACUUCUACCACCGAGAAACAGAAGGGGAAGAACAGGCUCAGUUACUUAAAGUUAGCUCUCCUAAUUUAGCAUCUGACAGUGAUCUGAGUCGCCGUAGCUCCUCCACAAUCAGCAAAUCUGAGUACAUGGAAAUUGAAGAGGAUAUGAAUAAUAGCAUAGACAAUUUUAGAGAGGCUAACCUCAGAACUGGCAACUACACCAUAGCCAACCAAAACUGUGUUAAUAAAAGCAAGCUGCUGACUGAUGUUUAAGAACAUGUAGAAAAGAGAAACAUUGGCAGCUUGAAGACUUUAAGUGACCAGCAGUCACACUUUGUAGAUGCUUUACUCUUCGAAUGCUUUACCUCGUAAAUGCAUUGUUGCAUUGCGAAUUUUUGCUCAGCGAUUCAAUAAGCUUUCAGGAUCCAUGAAAGAAUUUCACUUUUCCUUUUGUUUUCUUUUAAAAGGGUAUUUUCCAAGUGGUGGAAAUGGUUACUAAAGCUCUUUGGACUAGCCUAGUUAUAAAUAGAAAUUGUAUGCUUCUAGCCCUAGACAUUUCCCCAUAACUUUUAAGUUUCCAACCGUUUUAAAAAUCAGCUCAAGAGGACUCUAAAAAAAAUACUUAAAAUAUGCAUGGAUUCAAGGAAACGUUUCUACAAAACUGCACAGUGCAUCCAAGAAAAUGCAUCCGAAUAAUAUUCAGCAGUAAUGUGCAGUAAGUAUUUGUCAUUCUUUAGACUGACCGACAUAUACAUUUCCUUCCUUUGUGAAAAGUUUUGUAGUUCUGAUCUACAGAUUCACACACAGCACCUUAUGAAAAUAUGCCAGGUUUUUUUUUUGGUUUUUUUUUUUGCUGUAUACACUAUUAAAAUCGAAGAAUUAUUCUGUGUGUUGGGGGGAAGAUGGAACAUCUGCAAUGCUGCUAAGGUCUCUUAAGUGCAGAUGGUUUCAACAUACUUCUUUCCCUUCUUCAGAAAUGGAUGCAAAACUUUUUAGCCCCUUUGUUGCAAGAUAGCACAAUAGAAUUUAAUAUAAGCAUGUUUGACUUUGAUACUAUCUAUUUUAUAACUGCAUGCCUGGAACAUUACCUCAGAUGAUAGGGGAUAAGGUUUUGUUUGAAUUGAUCUUCUUUAAAAUAGGCCCUUUUUUGUUUCAAUUUGCAUUCACCAAAGUGCACUCCUUUUUAUUUGUUAAGUAUCUGAUUAGUAACUUAAAAGUACUGUAUUUAAGUGCAUAUGUUAGUCAAAUGGGAACAAUAACUUUUGGAGAUCAAAGCAUGUUUCAAAUAUUCAGCAUUAUGGCCUAUUUGACUAAGGUGUAACUCAACAUUAAUUAAUGCAUGGUUUCAGUAAUAAAUACAAAAAAAAAAAAGCUUGUUAGGAUGAAGGCCAGGAAGAGAAUACUAGAGAGACUUGUUGUUUUCCUGCAUUGCUCAGGGAAAUGAGUUGGCUUCUGUCCGGGCCUUAAUAGAAAGUAACAUAUCCCAUCCCUUAAAGGGAAAGCUAUAUGGAAAAUUAAGUCCAGUUUAUAUAUAGCAAUGUCUAAAUAUUCUGUAUCUCCUAGAGCAGAAAAAGGUGCAGAAGCAUGCCUUUUGGUGCAUUCUUAGAAUGUAAAAUGAAACUUAUCGAUUAUAUGCAUCCAAAUUGCAGCCCAGUUAUUUUCGCAGUCAUUGUUUGAACCUUAGAGACUUUUGUAUUCCCCUAGGACUUGCUGAAGAGACUCAACCAAUUGAUUUUAGAUAGUUGCUUAGUGCCUUUAUCCUUACAGCCACUGGACUGCUGAAAGUGCCUCUAUGAAAAGAGCUGAACCUGAGUAGGCAUGGAUGAGUCAAUUGGGACAAUAGCAGGAUUCGACCAUGCCAAAUGCAGGCACAGCAGAAAAAGCCAGGGAGAGAGACAGUGUGUAAAGCAGAGAGGCAGAAGAAGAGGGCAAAGACUACCAGCACUCUUGCAGACCUAAUUCCCUCCUGUACUCUGCACCCUGCAGCUGAGUGACAUUGCAACCUAACAUUUGCCUUUGACAAAUGCUACUCCCGCAAGACCCAGUCUUCCCCCAGUCUGUUUAUAGAGACUUCGCUGCACUCUGUGUUCGUUUUGUUCGUUUUUCGUAUUGGCCCAUUCUUCCCCUGGUUUGGACUUUGGCAGCCUGGCACCCUACACUAGAGGAAGUAAGGGCCAUCCUUUGCAGUAGCCUUAGCUAUGCAAGGAGCAGGUUGGAUGGAGGCACGUUGAAUCUGUACACUUGCUCCUCUUAGAGGCUUCUGCUUUUCCAACGGAGCUCUCAUCCUUUCCACCCAAAUUCUCUUGGAUUUUAAAAUUUGACUCGCCUGAAGCUUCCCCAUCCAUUGUAACAACUCUCCUUCUGUUGUGUUUGUUGAAGGUUGCAGCAUUUUCUGAGAAGGCAUUUUCUGCAAUUAUGCAAGUCUUGAAGCUAUAGUCCAUAGAAAUCAAUAAGUCCAUUUUUUAUUUUUUUUACUGAUAUAGGCACUAAUCUCUUUCCUUUUUUUUUACUGUUCCCUUCUAAAAGUCAAAGUUGAGGCUCUUUCUCCCAUGCUUAGCAUGUGGCCUUAUACACUGAACCCUCUUUUCCAUUACGUAGAUCCCAGGCCUCCAUUCUAUUCUCAGUAUUCUAUUUCUCAGCAGCUACAGAUAUCUAGCAUUUACAUUGGAAAAGGAGCAUUAAUUCUGCAGCUUUGCCCAAACCUGGUAUGUCAGGUAGACAGAAAGAUGCAACUUUGUGACUUGUUUGGUUCAAAAUGGUAGGAAGAACAGAAGGACCUCUUAAAUACUUGACUGCAGCAUAUUCAGAAAAAAAUAUAUUGUAGUUGAUGGGAAGUUCUACCUUAUUUUCCAUUCUCAGUAUCCAGUUUCUCCCCAAUUUAGUCACAGUUUCCCCUGCUAGAGUGCUAGAUUUGGUGGUCUACCUUGAUUCCUCCAAUCUCCUAAAUUUAGGGAAGGUCUCCGCCUGUUAAACUGACUUUGAACCUUGUGUGUAGUUAUCUCAGCAAUAAACAGCUCAGUGCCGUAUGGGGUCUUUGAUCAGGAAGUGCUACCUGAGAGAGGAUGAGGCCUCAGUUGGGCAGCUUGGUGAGUUUCUGUGUUGACUGGCUGGGUUAUCCUCACCUUAGUUUAUCUGCUGGACUGAUCCUUAUUCUGCAUGUUUAAGAGAAAGUAUGCAUGCCAUGCAGCGGUUUGGUUUAUGGCUUCCCCCUUUUGCUUUUGGCAGGGAUAGGUGAUCUUUAGGGCUUGUGGGGUGGCUUGGGGAAUAUGAUUGUCGCUUACUCAUUUAUAACAAAGGGACUGGGUAAAUAUGGAGUGCAGGGAAUAACUUCAUGUAGCAUAGGCAUGCAUUUCUUCCAGCAAGGUUUCUCCUCCCCUUAGAAUCAGACUCAUUCCUUUGCACUAAUACGUGCUGAAAUGCGUUUGUAGGUCUGAAGGUGCACUAAACUACUGCCUGAUUCUUAAUACACCUUUUUGUUUUUGAUUUUCUUUUCUGCCAUAUUUUGUUUUGGUGACUGAUGGUUUCUCAAAAGUGAGUGGCUGUAGCUUGCCCCCAGUAGGAGUGAUCUGAAAAUGGACACGGCGAAUCAUGGAUUUGCUGGCAUUUGGUUACUGCAGUGCUGUAGCAAUGUCUCUCCAUCCAUUGGUGUGGACUCAUGGUUUGCGAUGUUGUGCUGACACAGUCCUUGGCUGUUCAGUAUUUAUUUGCUGAUUCAUCAAGGGUGCGAAUCAGGCUGUAGGCUUAGCAGGUUUAAUUCAAGGAAGGGCAAGGGCAAAGUUUCCAAAGGCCUA